GUGCGUUAGCUUGUCCAAGACACCUCGGCUCCCGAUUUUCGAAAUCUUGUUAAGUACAUAGGCGGGUAGGGAGGAAGGAACUGGGAAGAAGAAUAACCCAAAAACCCCUCCAAAGAAUUUUCAUCAACAAUGGAUUUGGACCCGGAAGAUGUUUUCAAGGAUGAAGAAGACGACUCAGACAACGAAAUCUUCCAGCAAAGUGCGAGCUCUAAAGAGUAUGCCGUUUACUUGGUCGACGCUUCUCCCAAAAUGUUCAACACUACCUGUCCUGGUAAAGAUCAAAAGGAUGAAACUCAUUUCCACCUCGCCGUCAGCUGUAUUGCAGAAUCGCUCAAGACUCAAAUCAUUAGUAGAUCAUAUGAUGAAGUUGCAAUUUGCUUCUUUAACACUAGGGAAAAGAAGAAUUUGCAGGAUUUAAAUGGUGUUUUUGUUUUUAAUGUUGCUGAAAGGGAGCACCUAGACAGGCCAACAGCAAGACUUAUAAAAGAAUUUGACUGUUUACAAGAAUCAUUUAUGAGAGAAAUUGGGAGUCAGUAUGGUAUUGUGCCUGGGUCUCGGGAGAAUUCUCUUUACAAUGCUCUCUGGGUUGCCCAAGCUCUUCUCCGUAAAGGGUCUAUUAAGACAGCUGAUAAGAGGAUUCUUCUCUUUACUAAUGAAGAUGAUCCUUUUGGACGUCUCCAGGGUGCUGCAAAAGCAGAUAUGACAAGAACUUCAUUGCAGCGAGCUAAAGAUGCACAAGAUCUUGGAAUCUCAAUUGAACUUCUUCCCUUGAGUUGUCCAGAUGAGGAGUUUAAUGUUAAAGUUUUCUAUGCUGAUUUGCUAGGUUUAGAUGGUGAAGACCUUGUUCAAUUUAUGCCUUCUGCUGGCCAGAAAUUGGAAGAUAUGAAAGAUCAACUGAGGAAACGUAUGUUCACAAAGAGGAUUAUUAGAAAGAUCACAUUUGUUAUCACCAAUGGAUUGUCAAUUCAGCUGAAUACUUAUGCUUUAAUUCGUCCAACUGUUCCAGGGGCAAUUACAUGGCUUGAUUCUGUCACUAAUCUUCCUUUAAAGAUUGAAAGAUCUUUGAUCUGUGAGGAUACUGGUGCAUUGAUUCAGGAGCCUCCUAAACGCUUUCAGCCCUAUAGAAAUGAGAAUGUCAAGUUCUCGAUGGAUGAAAUAUCUGAAAUGAAAAGAAUAUCAACAGGAUGCCUUCGUCUUCUUGGAUUCAAGCCAUUAAGAUGCUUAAAAGAUUAUCACAACUUGAGGCCAUCGACGUUUGUAUAUCCUAGUGACCAGGAAGUGGUUGGUAGCACCUGCAUUUUCAUUGCCUUGUACAGAUCUAUGCUACAGCUCAAGCGUUUUGCAGUUGCAUUUUACGGGAGCUCAUCUCAUCCUCAAUUGGUUGCCUUAGUUGCGCAAGAUGAGAUUGCUAAAGCUGGUGUUCAGAUUGAGCCACCAGGAAUGCACAUGAUAUACCUUCCGUACUCUGAUGACAUCAGAGAUGUUGAAGAGAUUUUUCCAGAUACAGAUGAUGAUGCACCUCGAGCGGAUGAAGAUCAAAUUCAGAAAGCUGCUGCUUUAAUAAAACGUAUUGACAUGAGGGAUUUCUCAGUUUCCCAAUUUGCUAACCCUGCCUUGCAGAGACAUUAUGCAGUACUGCAGGCUCUAGCUCUAGAAGAAGAUGAUAUUCCAGAGAUCAUUGAUGAGACACUACCUGAUGAGGAAGGUUUGGCUAGACCAGCAGUUGUCAAGGCAAUAGAAGAAUUCAAGCUUUCUGUCUAUGGGGACAAAUAUGAUGAGGAAAGUGACUUUUUGGGUAAAGGAAAAGUGGGUGAGGUCUCUAGGAAACGUAAAACAAUUGUGGAAAAUGCAGCUAAGGAGUCUGCAAAUUAUGAUUGGGCUGACCUUGCAGAAAAUGGGCAGUUGAAGGAUUUAACGGUAGCAGCUUUGAAAACUUACUUGAGUGCACACAACCUUCCUGUCGCCGGAAAGAAGGAAGCUUUGAUCAGUAGGAUCUUAACCCACAUGGGCAAAUGAGCAAAGUUGAAGCUGAUAAAAAAAUCGAAGACUGGUAAUGGAUACUGCCAUAAUGUCCCAGUGAUUGUGGCAUAUUGUUGGCCUCCCAUUGUUAUGCUAUCAAGGCUAAAUAUCCCUUUUUGCCUAAAGCUUUAUUGCACGGUAGGGUCAGCGAUAUAUGUUCUUGAUUGUCCCUGCAAAACCAAGACUAGCUUUUGCACAUUCUAGGUUUUUUUGGCGCAUCAGAAUUUGGUUUCUGGUGUUGCCUUGUUAUUCUGACAGAGUAUGGACAAUGCACAUCAACUAGUCUAAGUAUCCAUAAUCCAUUUGUGUAUAUAUUGGAAAAAUUUUGCAUCUGGAAAUGAAAAUGGCAUUCAUCUGCUGGUUUCUUUCUAGUUUCUUCUAGGAAGAUGGUACCGUGAUGUUGAGCCUGUGCUGAAAGUGCAAUCAGGUAUGGGGUUU